AUGUUCUCCCUUAGAAACGUUCGUGGCGCUCAGAAAAUCACUCGAUCUCUCAAAACACCGGUAUCAGUCACACCUAUCCAGCACAAGCGUUUCUUCAACUUCACCAAGAUGUCUAAGUUUCCCACACCUUCAAGCGAUCCGCCAAAGCAUGAGAUGCAGUACUUCCCUGAUAUGACGACGGCUUUGCCGUCUGAGUCUGGGGAGUUCCGUCGCGUGCUUUGGACUGGUCUCUACUCCCAAGUCGUACUCAUGACCAUUCCUGUAGAUGGAGACAUUGGCGAAGAGAUCCACACUGUUGAUCAGAUCUUGACCUUCACGUCCGGCAAAGGGUUGGCUCAAGUUGGCGGCAAGGAACAGGAGGUCAAGGGUGGCGACAUGGUCAUUGUACCUGCGGGAACGAAGCAUCAGUUUCUGAAUAAGGGCCCAACGCCGUUGAUCUUGUACACUGUGUACUCCCCAGCAGAACACAAGCCGACAACUGUUCACAAGACCAAGGAGGAGGGUGACAAGGAAGAAGAAGAUGGUAUCGACGAGGCCCCGGCCUGGAGUCAGAGAAGUAAAGAACAGAAUGAAAAAGAGGGGUGGGUUAAGGCAGAGUAA